AUGUCUGUCUUGGCUAACUGGAGGCAGCUGUGUUCCAGUACGGCGGGGAUGCAUGCUGCUGCAACACAACGCGAAGCACUCCUGCGUGAUUUGGUGACACUAAGCGACUCCCUUGCGGCGGAUGUAGAAUCACAUCUCAGCAAUAGUAUGAACCGCAAGAGUGACGCAACAACGUCCUCUGCACUCGUUACACUUCAACGUCUCCGCAGAGAACGCGUGCAGAAAGAAAUGAACCGCGAUGAUGCCGAAUUUGAGCAACGGUGUAUAGCUGCUACUCAGGAAAAAGUUGAUGCGCAGACACUCUCUUGUGUAUCGUCGUUAACUUUUGGGUCCUCUGUCACCGCUACUGAUGAGGAGCAAAAUAUGGUAAAUACACUACCACACAGACUUGAACUAGGGUCUGAGACUUCUAAUGACAAUAAUAAUAAUAAUAAUAAUAAUAAUAAUAAUAAUAGUGACAGUAAUGGUAAUAAAGCUAAAACAGAUAGCUGGAGUGUAUUGCUUGAUGAGAUGAUACACCAACGAGAUGCACUGCGGGACGAGGUAUCAGAACUUCGACGCAAGAAUGAAUUUGUUGCUAUUCUUCAAGAACAGCUGCAACGUGGAGUAGAACGUAUUUCACGCACUGCAGAUGUAGUUCUCAUGGACCAUACUGCCUUUGAUGCCCUGCGCGAACUCUUUACUAAAUUAUUUAACUCAUGUGAGGAGUGGCUCGCAUUACUUGAGGGAAUGGAGCAGUCAGCAACAGCAGCAGCAGCAGCGGCUCAUGAUAAUGUAGGAUUACAAGACGCAGAGGAAGAAGCACUACUGCACGAAAUACAUCAAUCGCAUGAAUGCCAAUAUGUCAUGUUACUUGCAAAGCAGGAGACGGAGAAGCGUGGGUACACAACACGGGUGGAAGCAGCCACUCUACAUCAACAACAAUAUCAACAGCAGAUGAAGAAUGAACCUCGUAGUGACGACCAUCGUCAGUUGUUGUCAUCCAUGUUACGCUCAGAGGCUGCGGCUGCAAAUGCAGAGAAUGAAUACACCGCAUUGCGGCUGCAGUACGCGGUGGAAUGUUUAACACGACUUCAAGAUGAUAAACUGUCGAAAGACGGUGAUGAUGAUGAACUCAUGCGAUAUGUGUUGAAGGCACAGUCAGACACACAACGUUUAACACGUAUUCUUGCACUUGUGAAGUCUAUUGUUGUAAACUAUGAAGUUGAUAUUGCCAAACUUCGACAAGUAAAUCGUCUGCAACUCUCUUCUGUUGGAUCAGGGUCACUCUCAAAUGGUGAACGUGUUUUUAGGGCGAUGCAGCAGGAGAUCAAGACUGCUAUCGUGCCAUGUCUUGUAAAUGAAAGUGAAUCACGUCUCACUCGUCGUAGUCCCCGCAACUCACCUAAUUGGUCGUUGACAAAUUCGAAAUUACAACGUAACUUCCCCGUACACCUCACAGAGGCCGUAAGACACGCACUGCUUGCACUUUCUGCUCUCUGGGAUAAUUUUUCAGAGAAGGAACGUGGGAAGAUAUGUGCAGCAUCUAGUGAGAUGAUGACAAAUGCACCGUUUUUACUCAUGAUUGGACGCUACGUUGAGGCUCGACGUCGUUGUAAGCGAGUACAAAGGUCUCCCAGUUGCAGUCUACUUCCACCAGAAGGUUUAAUCUAA